AUUGCUGACUGCAUGAAGACAAUCGUAAAUUUUGUCUGGAAUGUACUCGUUCGCAUAGCAACGUUGCCGUACUACCGCCUAUACCACUUCAACACAAUUGGACCCAUGGAGAAAAUAGCGGUUCUUUCUUCCGAGCCCUGUCCAGACACGUCCAGAUUAGUACGAACCAUAACAGCGUGGCGGACGAGGAAAAUUGCAGAACUACAUUUCGUCACAAUCUCGUGCGCCGUGCUUGCUGCUGCUGUCAUAGGGUCAUUUUCGUGGACUUUUGUCGCAGAUGCAUAUUGGCUUACCUACGGUUUUUGGCACAGCAGCCUCAUUCUAUCAGUCUUGGGGAUGUUACUGUCGGCAUCGGAAGCAACAGUGUUGCAUCUACUUGGCCCGCUAUCAGUCUCAGAUAAGAAUUCAACGAAAGUGGACGCCAUCCAGACAUACAGCCCGUUGCUGUUGUCGCCCAGGAACAACUCUGGCCGGACUUUCGUCCCACGGAAAAAGAUGAUCUUCACUUGGCAAGCCCCAUUGAUGUUCAUGUCCUACUCCGUGUGCGCAUUUCUGUUAGGCUUGACCAUCCUCGUGUGUACUCCACUUAUUCGAGAUGGGGCAAAUUGGACGACAGGCCAUAAUAUUGCGAUAAUGUAUCUCAUAACUUUUGGGCUAGCAGGUACCUUGUUUGUCUUUGCCAGCUUUUGGGUUUUUCACUACGUUGACUUGGACAUUGAU